UUGCCGCACGUGUUUAUAGUCAGUUUUGAAAAUUAAUAAUAUAAAAAUGUCAUUCGGACGCGGUCGUGGAGGUGGUGGCGGCAGAGGUUUUCGUGGCGGAGGUGGUGGAGGAUUCAACAAGUCCGUUGGAGGUGGCUUUGGACGAGGAGGCGGUGGUGGCUUUGGACGAGGAGGCGGCGGUGGCUUUGGUCGUGGCGGCAGCGGACGUGGUGGCGGUGGUGGGCGUGGAAAUUUCGAUCAGGGCCCGCCUGAGCGUGUUAUUCCCUUAGGCAAUUUCAGUUAUAUUUGCCAAAAUGAUCUCGUCUGCAAGGUGGAAAUUGAUGAUGUACCCUAUUUUAAUGCGCCCAUUUUCUUGGAGAACAAAGAGCAAAUAGGCAAAAUUGAUGAAAUCUUUGGCACAGUACGCGAUUACUCGGUAUCGAUAAAGUUAUCGGAUAAUGUGUAUGCGAACAGUUUUAAGCCGCAGCAAAAGUUGUUUAUCGAUCCUGGAAAAUUGCUGCCGAUUAGCAGAUUUUUGCCAAAGCCACCACAGCCAAAGUGCGGCAAGAAAAAGGGCGGACCGAGUGUUGGAAUGAGCAGUGGACGAGGGGGAGUCGGCGGAGGUCGUGGUGGAGGUUUUCGCGGUGGACGCGGAGGUGGUGGUUUUAGAGGGGGUGCUGGUCGAGGUGGAUUUAAUAGAGGUCGUGGAGGAGGGGGCGGAGGACGCGGCCGUUGGUAAUUCAAAUUGUAAUAAAAAUAAAAUAAUGAAUCAAUAUAUACCAAAAAAAUA